UUUAAGUAGAAUCAAUCGUUGGAGAUACAAGAACACACGAUUUAUACAAUAAUGUCUGUUAUUUGCGUUUAAUUCCCUACAUACCAUUCAAUUUACAUAUAUUAAGUACUAUUUUCAUAGAUUCUUAUGGUUUACAUUACAACAUGUUUGCUUUGGUAAAAUUUGAAGACAGCACAUAUUAUGUAUGCCAGUCGUCUAAUGUUACUGUAAAUAAAGGCAUUUACGAAGUGAAAUACAGUAACAAUUGUGAGUACUCAGCGGUCAUUAUAGCGAAAAAUGAUAAUAAAAAGGUAUUACAAGAGAUAUUAAAAAAUGUAGAAAAAUGCAAACCAUACAUAAAGUGUGAAAGAUUGAAAGUAGAAGAAAAUGACCCAAAAAAUAAAAUACACACCAAGAUUACACACAAGCAAGGCUACAAUUACAAAAUAAAUGCAAUGAGAACCAUAAAUGAAAUAAAUGAAGAUAAUCAGUUUUCUGUAAAGGAGGAAGAUUCCGAUUACCAAGAAAACAUUGAUAUUCCCCAAUUCUGUGAUAAGCCCAUUCAUAAUUAUGAUAUUAGAGCAGGAGACAUAAAACAUGCAUAUGGAAACUAUGAGGUUAAUAUAAAUCAGCAAAACCAUUACCAAGAUAAUACUGAUUCUUUAUUUUAUGAUCUCAUAGAUAUUAAGGAUAUUCCAAUCAUUAAGAAGGAACAUGAGAACGUUAAUAAUGUUACGAAAGAAAUUGAAGACGAUAAUGAUAUUGUAGAUGAAUUAAACAAUUACCAAAAAACUACCGAUGUUACCAUUUCUUGUGGAAAUAAAGUAGAUACACUGUAUAAUGAUAAUUUAUUGUUCAAUACUGCGAAUAAAUGCACAUAUAAUAUGAAUAAAGAUGAUAAUCAAGGAAUUGCUAACAUACAAGUAAAAAAAAUAAUAUCUAGUAUACCUAACAAUUUUGAGUUAAAAAAUGCGAGAAUCUGUCUUAAGAGAUUAAAUUCUACUGUUAUGAAUGGUGACAAAGAAAUCAUUGAGGACUCCGAAUAUUUAUCUUCGAGAAACGAACGAGGUUCAUCAGAUAAUGAACCAUUUCCAAAAAAGCACAAAGUAAAUGUAACUAUCACUAGAUUAUCCACUUCAGUUCCUGAUACGUUGCAAACCAAUUCGUCUGGAUGUAAUGAUGAAAAUAUGUAUGUUGACAAGUCGAAUGUUAAAUCUAAACAAAACUGCUGUAUUUUUUGUAUGAAGUCACAAUCAAAACUUGUGCGACAUUUAGAAAAAAUACAUGCGGAUGAACCAGAAGUAAAGAAAUUUGCUAUUUUACCCAAAAGAAGUCUAAAAAGAAAGAAAAUAAUAGAUACUAUGAGAAAAAAUGGUAAUUUCAAAUACAAUUUAAAUGCAACAGUUAAUAAAGGGCAACUUAUUGUAUGCAGACGUCCUAAUAAAAAAUCCAAUAAAACCGCUACAGAUUUUGUUGCUUGCAUGAAAUGCAAAGGAUUUUUUGCCAAAAGUUCAAUACGUCAUCAUGCUCGAGAAUGUUUUAAGCAAAAUUUUAGCAGAUUUAAAGGAAUCAUGGUUAUGGGAAGAAAAAUUACCUGUAGGAUACACAAAUUAGCGAAUGAUACAUUAAGAAACAUAGUUUUCCCUGUAUUACGAGAUGACGAAGUAACACGAGCAAUAAGAUAUGAUGAAUUAAUAAUCUUGUAUGCAAAUAAAUUAUGUGUUAAGUAUAGGGCGCAACAUCAGCAUGAUGUAAUACGUUCCAGAUUGCGACUUCUUGGCCGUUUACUCUUAACAUUAAGAAAAAUAAAUAACGACAUAGAUGACUUUAAGUCGCUUUAUUAUCCCAAAUUCUAUGAUAAUUGUGUGUCUGCCAUAAAUGUUGUUGCAAGAUAUAACGAUAAUGAAAAAAUAUAUGAAACUCCAACAGUAGCGAUUAACUUGUCAAUUCUUAUAAAAGACGUAGGAAAUCUCUUAAUCACAGAAUGUAUAAAACAAGAAGACACAGAAAAGAAAAAAUUAAUUAAGGAUUUUCUAAAAUUAUUAACUGUUGAUGGAAGAACAAGCAUAAAUACAACUAUUGCAGAAACACAAUUAAUUCACAACAAUAAAAGACACACAAAGAUACAACUCCCAUCAUUGGAAGAUAUUAAGACUUUAUAUAAACAUUUGAAGAACAAGAGAGUCGAAACUUAUAUUGCAUUAAAACAAUCUUUCUCCAUUAACAAUUGGCUUUCUUUAGCAGAAGCAACAUUAAUUACCGUGCAUAUAAUUAACAAACGGCAGGUAAAUGAAAUUGAGCGAGUACUUAUCGAAGAUUUUCGAAAUUAUAAAAAGCUAAAUAAAAAUAUGUAUAGUAAUAUUUAUACAUCAUUAUCAACGCAAAAUAGAAAAAUAGCGGAAAGAUACAUUCGCUUUUAUGUUAGAGGAAAAUUAGGGCGUAGAUUGCCUAUUUUAUUGUCACAUGAUCUUUUUGAGUGUAUUAAUUUAAUAUUAAAAUUUCGAGAAGAAGCAAAAGUAUCAAAGAAAAAUCCAUAUGUCUUCGGAUUGCCUGACAUCAUGAAAUGCAGAGUGUAA